CGAGUUCGCUGCUUCUUCCACCGUGUCCACAUUUUACUCGCGAAAAUGCAGGCCAUCUCUGCUCGUGCUCCCCGCGUGGCGGCCAAGCCUGUGUGCCGCUCGGGCGCCCGCGCUCCUCUGCGCGUGGUCUGCAAGGCCUCCGCUGCUCGCGAGCAAAUCGUCAAGAAGAUUGCUCUGCUGAGCACUCUGCCCGCGACUCUGGCCGCCAGCCCUGCCUGGGCUUUGGUUGACGACCGCAUGAACGGUGAUGGCACUGGCCUGCCUUUCGGUGUGAACGAGCCGGUUCUGGGCUGGGUCCUGACUGGCGUUUUCGGUGUCAUGUGGGCUUUGUGGUUCAACGGCCAGCGUGACCUGGGUGACUUCGAGGACAACGACAGCGGCCUGAAGCUGUAAGCGCCUUCGCUUGUAUGGCUCGGCAGCAUUCCUUGGAGCUUUAAUGGCUAUAUCUGUAGGCAUUGAUGCUUGGGAUUGUGCACGGGUGUGGUGCAGCGGUGGCAGCGACGGUGUGUACCCUAGGCUGGGUCGGGCUGAUCCGUGCGCGGAGAUGCCGUAGGUGGUUGAGAAGAGAAGUUAUUAGUCCAUACACGGCAUUUGCCUACUGCCGCUUGAUAUCAGUUCGGCAGCGGCAUGCUUUGUCCGUCGGUAACGGUUUUUGCCGACGUGUAAUGACAUGACGUCUGAGCUGAUUUGUGUCAGCAUUCAGGAAUUGAAAUGUAAGCAGCUGCGUUUUGCUCCUU